AUUAAUAUUAACCCUUUUGCUUUUUGGUUUUGUUCUCUUUUCAGGUUUCUUCAAUGCAUUCUCUUAGGUUUCUGUCCAGUAUUUCAAAAAGGUCCAGGGUAUUAACCCUACAGUACAAAACCCAGUAUUGUUGGUAUCACGGUGAGUCUCAAGGCUCAAGAAUAGGCUCUCCGUUGGAACUGAGGGACGAUGUCAAACAAAAUGUCGACCAAAUGAAAUCGAUUGUCUUUGAUCUCCAGUUGCAUGCAAAGCGUAUCUGUAAAGGUGGAGGGGAGACAGCUCGGAAGAGACACACGGAUCAAGGGAAAUUGUUUGCACGUGAUAGGAUCGACCGACUAUUGGACCCCGGGUCUCCGUUUCUAGAACUCUCUCAGUUAGCUGGAUACAAUAUGUACACUGAUGAUGAUGAUAGGAUAGAGGAUAUACCAGCAGCUGGGAUCAUUACUGGCAUAGGGAGGGUAUCAGGGAGAGAGUGCAUGGUAGUUGCUAAUGAUGCGACAGUAAAGGGUGGGACCUAUUACCCCAUUACUGUCAAGAAGCACGUGAGAGCUCAGGAGAUAGCACAAGAAAACCGUCUACCCUGUAUCUAUCUUGUUGACUCGGGCGGGGCCAUGUUAAAGCAUCAGCGUGACGUGUUUCCAGAUCGGGAUCAUUUUGGACGAAUAUUUUAUAAUCAAGCCCGAAUGUCUUCUCUCUCUAUACCCCAGGUUGCUGUGGUGUUGGGUUCUUGUACAGCAGGUGGGGCAUAUGUUCCAGCAAUGUCUGAUGAAAGUAUCAUCGUAAAGCAACAAGGUACUAUAUUCCUUGCUGGACCGCCGCUCGUCAAAGCAGCUACAAACGAGGUCAUAUCAUCUGAAGAUUUGGGCGGAGCUGACGUCCACUGCAAGAUAUCAGGUGUGGCUGAUCACUACGCAACCAACGAUGACCACGCCCUUUACUUGGCAAGGGAGUGUAUACGAAAUCUUAAUUAUGUCAAAACUCCUGAUAUCAGCAUAGAGGCAACUGAAGAUCCUCUCUAUCCUCAGGAAGAUCUGUACGGCCUAGUGCCUACUAGCCUGAAGAAAUCUUAUGAUGUACGUGAGGUCAUAGCUAGGCUAGUUGAUGGGAGUCGCUUUGCUGAAUUUAAAGAAUUAUACGGAAAUACACUCGUCACUGGCUUUGCCCGCCUUCAUGGCUACCCACUGGGAAUAGUUGCAAACAAUGGUAUACUAAACUCAGAGUCUGCCCUGAAGGGAACGCACUUUAUUGAGCUCUGCUGUCAGAGAAAGAUACCACUACUCUUCCUACAGAACACGACCGGCUUCGUAGUUGGAAGAAAUGCAGAACACGGAGGGAUUGCUAAAAAUGGAGCAAAAAUGGUGACCGCCGUAGCCUGUGCUAAAGUACCUAAAAUCACUGUUUUGAUCGGCGGGAGCUUUGGAGCCGGGAACUAUGGUAUGUGUGGACGCGCGUACAGUCCAAGGUUCCUUUACAUGUGGCCCAAUGCACGCAUAUCAGUAAUGGGAGGGGAGCAGGCUGCAGGGGUACUGGUAUCGCUCGACAUAAAGAAACUAGAGAAACAAGGAAAGACUGUGACACCGGAGAUGAUCGAAGAGAUGAAGCGCCCGAUCAUUGAGAGGUACGAGAGAGAGGGACACCCAUACUUCUCUAGUGCUAGGCUAUGGGACGACGGAGUGAUAGACCCAGCGGACACUAGGAGGAUACUGGGACUGAGUCUUAGCGCCUGUUUCAAUGCUCCCAUUGAAAAAACUAGUUUUGGAGUGUUUAGAAUGUGAAAUUAUGUUUUUUAGGCCAAUGUAAUCAUGCAUUUAUUAUUGUUAAAAAAUAAUAAAAUUAA